AUGCAGUACACAAACUCUGGCCCUGGUGGCACUCCUGAGAUGUGCUUCAAUAAAGCCGGUGAGGAGGGCUAUAGUAGAGGAGUGAAGAGUAGAGGCAGGAGGAAGAAGCAGCUGGUUAACUACUCCUUCGGAACAUGUCAACAGAGGAAGGUCUUUCCCCACUCCUAUCUCCCAAGCUUGUUGGGGAACAAGUUUCUCCCUCUUAGGGGAGCACCCAACAGAGGCCCUGGAUGUUACAUAGCAGAAGACAAGUAUGGCUUGGCAUACAACCUCUCUAAGAUCCUGACUAGUAAAAAAGGAUAUGCUUUUGGAGCCAGAACAGCUGUGAGAUUUACGCCAAUCAGCAAGGAUAUGACACCUUACCCAGGCAUGUACCAGACAGUCAAUCCUCAGGAGCAAACACACAAACAAAAUUUUGCUCCAUUUAAUGCCUUGUUGCCUCGAUUUAGGACAUACUCAAAGGACACUUGUUAUCCUGGCCCUACCACAUACAAUCCAGAGAUAAAGCCACCUAAGAAAGUCACCUGGCCAAUGAAAUUUGGAUCUCCAGAUUGGACUCAGGUUCCAUGUCUACAGAAAAGAACCCUGAAAUCUGAGCUGUCCACAGACAGAGACUUUAGAAAGCAUCGGAACCGUGUGGCCUACCUAAGCCUGUAUUACGACUGAGAAGCUGUGACUGCCUUCACGUGCUCCUCCUGCCCACAGACUCUCCAGGACCGAGGACAGAGCCACUCUCGUCCUGCUGCAUUGCUCCAGCCCUGCUGUCUGCAGCAUGGGGCACAGGGAGGGGCAAGGGGCUCAUAACUGCUAUUCAGCAGCAUAAAGAUUAUUUCAGAGGGUUCUCUCUCCCUGUGCUGGUUAGUUGUGUAUCCAUGUAGAUGGUCAUGGGGGUUCCUACUGAGUGUUCAGUGGGGUGGCUUCACUUUACUGAAAUACUGUGGGUCCCUCCCUCUAGCUCUAAUUCCCAGGCAGCAGUUUUAUGUUUUCUACUACUAGCCCUGAUAAUAGCAGACUUGCCAUGAUAUGUAUGUUGAUCUAUACAUAUCGAGGCUUUGGAUGGCUUGCUUGGCCUUGUAUUUGGGCUUGCUAGAUGCAGAGGAUAUUUAAAGGCAGAGUUAACAUUUAGGUUUCAGAGCUCUUCCAAGUGUCUGAGUUCCCUGGCAUGGAGUGAGAAGGUUCUGAUUUGGUUUCCUUUUCCAAAUUUAUAUAAAGCUCGCAGAAUGAAAAAAUCCCUCCUUUCCCAUAACAUCAUCCAUUUAGUCUGUCAGUCAUCAUCAUAUUGAGUUCCUACCAUGUGUGAGGCAGAGUGGCAAGCACUGGGGAUACAGCAGGACUCAAAAGGAACUAAUCGGGACUUCCUAGGUGGCGUAGUGGUAAAGAAUCCGCCUGCUAACGCAGGGGACAUGGGUUCAAGCCCUGCCCUGGGAAGAUUCCACAUGCCAUGGAGCAACUAAGCCUGUGUGCCAAAAAAAAUGAACUCAUCUACUGGCUUCUUGGGCCUGGACUGAAGUAUGAGAAGGGUGCUACAGGGAGGCUGGUGGAUUGUAUCUGCCCCCCACUCCCAGUUUUAAUGAUUCCCUGAAGACUUACAAGUUACUCUAGGUUUGUCAAGGUCAGAACUCAUAGCAGCCACAUUCAAUGUACUUAUCUAGACACUGGCCUGGGAGACAGGCCUUUUCCUUCCAACACAAACUGAAGUAACUCAAGUAUGGUUCCUUCAGAAUGGGCAUUGUGUAGUUUACCUUAUCUUUUAAUGGGAAGGUCCUUUUGUGCCUGCUUAACCUUCUUAGUAAUUAUCAGACUGAUGGCAAGUCUUCAUGUGUCUGGGUACCAAUGAGUGAAAUGCUGCCAGUGCCUCAGAAAGCUAUAGCCUGCUGUACCCUUCAGGGCCAGCACAUGAUAAGUGUUAGCUGGUGAAAGAGGCACUACUGGCAGUAUGAUGCUGAGAGGCCUAAUUCCUUAGAGGCCAAGAUCUUCUGAAGAAAAAUGGUGAAAGAAAAUUCUGCUGGAAAUCAAAUUAGAAUAUUAAGGUAAUGCUAAAGAUACCUCAGUCUAAAAACUUUCACUCCAUUAAAUCUGAUGAUUUAAAUAUUUCUAUUAUCUUGUCAGGAAGUAUUUUUAUGAUUUAAGUCAAGAUUAACAUUUCUCACCUCUCUUACACACCUGCCUCCCUUUUUUCAGAGGUUGUAAUUUAGCAUUCAUUAUCUUUUCUGACUCAGGGUCUUGGGCCCCUUCUUUGGA